GUGCCCAUGCAUCUUACUACUACUACUACUACCCUUGCCCGUUGGCUCAAUUGCGCAUUGUCUGUCCUCUUGCGGUUGCACGACAGGACAACGUAGCAGAGCAGAGCGCGGCGGGAACGGAGGAAGGGCGGGGAGCGGCGAUGCACUUCUUCUCGGGCCGGAGCAAGCCGCGGCAGAAGAACGCCGGCGGCAAGAACCAGGCCGAUGCCUCCACGGCGGCGAAGGCCAAGCACAAGGACGGCAGGUGCCGCGCGCUGUGCUGCGGCGCGUCGCGGCUCAGCGUGUCCUCCUCGGCGUCCUGCUCGUCCCUGGACGCGCCGGACACGACGCGCGGCCGCAUGUCGGACAUCGCCCACGGCAUGGUCCAGGCGAGGCUGCACUCCAUGGCCGACGCCGCCUCCGCCGACGGCCGGUCGUCGGCGACGACGCGCCGCGGGACGGAGCCCGCCGACCAGCGCCGUCGCUGGCCGUGCGUCUGCGGCGGCGGCGGCUGCCACGAGAGGAGCGCGCCCAGGCCCCGCGAGAGGAAGCCGUGCGUCGUGCUGGUGGCCGUGGACAGGAGGACGUACGAGCCCCGGGAGGAGUUCCGCCGGUCCAUCGCGGAGGUGAUCGCGGCGAAGCGGAUGGCCGAGCCGGCGGAGCUGCGGGCGCUGCUCAACUGCUACGUGUCCGUGAACGCGCGCGAGCACCGCGCCGCCAUCCUCGACGCCUUCCACGAGGUGUGCACCGGCCUGUUCGCUUGCAAGGGUUGAAGAGGCGUACUGUCGUCCAUGUCCGCGUGUGCAUCUCUCGUACUCUCGCAGCCUCGCAACGGGGAAGUGUGAUGGUAUUGGCGUGAUAAGUUAAUUUUGUUUCAAACAGUGUUGCUCAGCACUGCUGUAAUAAUGUGCUCAAGCCUCAGGCAUAGUGCGCCUAUCUUGGGCAAGUUACGUCUUGUAUAUAUUUCGCUGCUUGUUAUGUUGAUAUCCGAACCUAUCCUCAGUUCAGAUGUGGAUUUCAGAAUAAGUUAGUGCAAGGUCAACAUUGAGUUUGUUUGUCUGA